UAUUCAGAGAGUUAUAAACAACACAGCUUAAUUACAAGUCUCUUUUCUCAUUCCAAUCUAAAAAGCUUUUCCUUGGAAAUAAUGAUGAACACUAAGAAGCUCAUGAAGAUGGCCAAGAAAUGGCAACAGAGAGCAGCCUUAAGCAGGAAAAGAAUCUCAUUUCAGAGAUCAGUUUCUACUACCAGCAGCUCAACAACAGCUUCAGAGAAGGGUUGUUUUGUGGUUUACACAUCUGAUCAAAUCCGCUUUGCGUUUCCAAUAAGUUACCUGAGCAACUCUGUUUUCCAAGAGCUCUUGAAGAUAUCUGAAGAAGAGUUCGGCCUCUCCACGGAAGGACCAAUAACCUUACCAUUCGAUUCAGUUUUCUUGAAGUAUCUGAUCAAACUGAUUCAAAGACGAAUGGAUGGAGAUACAGAAAAGGCUCUGUUAAUGUCAAUCUCUAGUGCAAGAUGUUCUUCUUUACCAAGUUCUUUUCAACAACAAGAACAACUGCUUGUAUUUUAGAGAAUUACAGUGUAUAGCAAUUUCUUUGUUUGUAAAGAUUCCACUGUAUAAGAUUAGACAGAUUAUGUUAGAAAUA